AUGUUCCCCACCCAGUACCGCAGCUCAUUUAUGGCGAAGCGACGCGGGAUGGAUCAUUUGGGGACCGGCCAGUCAGUCCGACGACUUGAGCGUAUCGCAAGUGGGGACGCAGGGGACGAUUGGCCUGGGAAUGAUCCCUUGGACGACCCCGUACCUUCUUCACAGAACAGAGCCAUAGCAAGCCGUGAAACAGCUACCGCAAUCACCACUCACGCAAUCGGUCCCGACAAGGGUGGAGCCCGUGAAGCAAGAACUUGUGUUCCUGGUGUUACAAACGCGGACGACGUCGCCGGCGUUCCUCGACGGAAACGACUUCUCCGCGAUAAAAUUCCUGGCAAUGCUCCUCUCCCCUCCUCUAGGCUUACGAGAGGUCUGUGGGCAGACGUGCAACGGCAUCUCAUUCAAGCCUACGAAUAUCUCUGUCACGUCGGAGAGGCUAAGGAGUGGGUCGAGAAUUGUAUGGGAGAGGAACUGCCAUUCGGCGUGGUGGAGAUGGAGGAGCAGAUGAGGAACGGGGUGGUUUUGGCCAAACUUGUGCGCGUCUUCAGAGGAGAAGGUGCUGUUCGCAGGAUCUACGAGGCACCCAAGCUGGACUUCAGGCACUCCGACAACAUUAACCAUUUCGUCGCUUUCGUUCGUUCUGUCGGUCUUCCGGAGGGGUUCAUUUUUGAGCUCACCGAUUUGUACGAGAAGAAGAAUAUUCCAAAGGUUAUAUACUGUAUUCAUGCUCUCAGUCAUUUGCUCGCACGGCGUGGUCUAGCUCGCCGCAUCGGGAACCUCGUCGGUCAGCUGCAGUUCUCAGAUGACCAGCUGCAGAAGACACAGCGCGGUCUCAAAGAAGCCGGUGUCGCUAUGCCGAACUUCGGUAACAUUGGCCGUGAGAUUGCGAAAGAACUGAACGAGGAGCCCGAAGAGGAGCCGGAGACCGAGGACGAAAGACGAGACCGUCUCCUGUUGGAAUGCGAAGACUCUAUCGUUGCUCUUCAAGCCGCUGCGCGGGCGUACCUGGUGCGGAAGGACCAGGCGACUCAGCAAGCGCGUCUGCGACUUGCAGAGCGUUACGUACCCAAGAUACAAGCUAUUGCCCGUGCUACCCUUGUUCGUCGGCAACUCGUUCAGAGCCGUCAAGAGCGUCGUAGCUUGGGGCCGUUCAUCACUGCAAUGCAAGCAUGCGCUCGUGGAGCUCUCGUUAGGCAACAAUGGAGGCGUCACGUACGCCGGGUGAAGGCUGUUGCGCCGUACGUCGUCAAAGUCCAAGCGCAAAGCCGCGGUGUAUUGGUUAGGCGGAGGUUCCAGAAGUUGAAGGCUGCGAUUCAAAGCUGCAAGAUGUCCGUGGUCAGACUCCAGUCCAUCGCUCGUGCCCGUAUUGCGCAACGUAGCCACACGCAGAUCGCGAAGUCGUUCACCAAGCCCGUCGUCCUCAACAACAUUGUCGCCCUCCAGGCACAGGCUCGUGGCGCUCUCCUUCGUGCGAAGUUGAGUCGCCAGGACGCACGUCUCGCUCGCGCGGAGUCGGGUAUCGCGGCCCUUCAGGCGCGGGUACGGGGCGUUCUCGUUCGGAGACGCGUUCGCACUCAGCUCGCUAAGCUCGAAGACGUCACUGACAUUGUUGUCCGCAUUCAAGCCGCUCCUACGCAAGGCUACGCCCGCCUCGUCAGCCUUCAAGCCAUCGCUCGCGCUCGUCUCGCUCGUCAGCGACAUGCCACCAUGCAGAAGGCUUUGUCUGAAGUCAAGGUCAUCACAGCCGUCGGAAGCUUCCAAGCGUGUGCCCGUGCUGCCCUGCUCGCGAAACGCCUCGAAUUUGUCGAGCCGGAUGUCGUUGGUUUCCAGGCCGUUGCGCGUGGUCACCUCCACCCACAAGCUACUAUCUUGCAAGCCUUGCUCCGCGGUGUCAUCCAGCGGCGCGCGUUCCAUCAGAAGAUGGCCUACUACCGUUCUAACCUGGACAAGAUCGUGCAAAUCCAGUCUCUCUUCCGUGCUAAGGAGACCCGCGAGCAGUACCGCCAACUCACGCUCGGCACGAACGUCACUGUCGGCACGAUCAAGAACUUCGUGCAUCUAUUGGAUGAUUCAGAGGCCGACUUCCAGGAGGAGAUCAAGGUUGAGCGGCUUCGCCAAGAGGUCGUCAAGCGCAUCCGGGAGAACCAAGCGCUUGAAAACGACGUCAGCGAGCUCGACGUUAAGAUUGCUCUCGUCGUCCAGAACGUCAAGAACUUUGAGGAGCUCGUCAAGGCUCGACGCCGUCUCGGCACAGAGAGCGCCGCGAUCCACGCUGCACGAGCUUCCGUCCUUGCCGCGCACGGCGAUCCGUUUGCAAGUCCCAGCACUCUGGACCGCACCGCCAAGCGCAAGCUCGAGCUAUACCAACAACUGUUCCACCUUCUUCAGACGGAGGGCAGGUAUCUCACUUGCCUCUUCGGACGUAUGGCCGCCCAGGAUACCUGGGAGCAGAACCGCCGGCUUGUCGAGCGCGUAGUCCUGACGUUGUUCGGAUACGGCCAGGCUCCUAGGGAGGAAUAUCUCUUGCUCAAGUUCUUCCAGACCGCGAUCCACGACGAGGUUGCAGCAGCCCCAACUGCCCAAGCGAUCGCUCUCUCGCAGCCUAACUUCAUCAAUGUCGCUGUACAUUAUUUGCGGCCGAAGCAGAUCGCAUACAUUCGUGACACUCUCCAGCAUGUCAUUCGGGAGGUGGUGAAAGCGGACGACCUUGAUCUCGAGACAGACCCCAGCAUCAUCUACCGUACGCGCCGCGACAUCGAAGAGAUGAGGGCUGGAACCGUAGGCACCCAGGCCAAGGAUGUUCCCUUCCACCAAGCGCUCCAGGAUCCGGACACUCGGGCUGAAUACAUCCGCCACCUCCAAGUUCUCCAGUGGUGGACGGAAGAGUUCGUUCGUGCUAUCACUUCCUCAUUGGCGAAGAUGCCUUACGGCAUGCGCUAUAUGGCUAGGGAGACGUUGGCCGCCGUGAGGGCUCGAUUCCCGGACGCCACUGUGGAAGCCUGCGCCGCUUGCGUUGCAAGACUUGUCUACUACCGGUAUAUCAAUCCGGCGAUCAUCACCCCGGAGACUUUCGAUAUCGUAUCGACAACGGUUGACAUUGCGUCUCGCAAGAACCUGGCCCAGAUCUCGAAGAUGCUUACCCAAAUCGCACGUGGUGUCGAGUUUAGCGAUGAGACCCCUGCCUAUCUCCCUGUCAACGACUACGUUCGGAAGACUAUUGGGUCUGUCUCGGCCUGGCUCAUUGAGGUACAUCGCAGUGGCGAACGUCCCAGACGCGGAAACAGAUUCCACGCCCACGAAUUCCUUGACGCUACUGUUCAAGCGCGCCCCAUUUGGAUUUCCCCUAAUGAAGUCUACUCCACCCACCGGCUCCUUGCCGACAACGCAGACGACUUGGCCCCGACACGAGAUGAUGCCCUUCGUGUGAUUCUCUCCGAGCUCAACGGCGUCCCCAACGUUGGUAACGAUGAGCUGACCGAAGCCCGUGAUAUUGCCAUUGAGCUCCAGCUAUCAAAUCGCUUUGCGCGUGUCAAAGACCCGAAGGCAGAUGUGAAGGCAUUGUGGGUUCAAGCCAAACGAGCUGUCCUCGCCAUUCUCCGUGUCCAGCCUGCAGCGGACUUGGUCGAGUCUCUCAUGCAGCCUGUCACUGAUGAACACGAAGAAGCCUGGGAGAUCAUUCUUGAAGAGAUGGAGCGCGACAUGAUGCGUCAUCAACGCCGGAUGCCUUCCACGACUGGCGCGGACGCCGCCUACCGUCUCGAGGACAUUCGCUCUAUGACGUUCCGUGAAGUCAAGGCGCACGCCAUCUUCCAUCUGCUCGAGCUCGAGAAGCGAGGCAAGAUCACUCGUCAGGACGGCUACCAAGGUAUUCUCAACGCGAUCGCUGGAGAUGUUCGUAGCAAGAAUCGCCGCCGCGUGCAGCGUGUUCACGACAAGGAAGGCCUCGAGGAUUCGCUCAAGCACCUCGCUGACCGCAAGACGUUCUAUGAGGAGCAGAUAAAGCAGUAUCACGACUACGUCGAGACCGCCAUGAACACCAUGCAACGUGGCAAAGGCAAACGUCGUCUGCUCCCGUUCACGCAGCAGUACUUCCACAUGCGCGAGCUGCAGAAGGCUGGCAAGAUGCCCCAGUUUGGGUCCUUCAAGUACUCUGCGCAGCGCUUCUACGACCGCGGCAUCCUGCUCUCGAUCGAGAACCACUCCCCGCGCCAGUUCGACAAGCUGGACAUCGUCCUCUCGUCCAACACUGUUGGCGUCUUCACCAUCGAGCUCUUCAAUCACACCCUCGGUAUCACCAACCGCAUGGCGAGCCAGGAUGUCAAGAUGGAAGACCUUUUGCAGGCCCAGUUCGAGGACCGCGCGUCCAUUUCGCUUUUUGACGGCCUCGCGAAGUUCAACCUCGGCCUCCUGCUGUGGCAGAUUAACAAGAAGUGCGCGUGCCUCGUAUGUUUGCGCUCAUGA